UUCUGUUGUUAGUGUUCGGUUGAAAUUUUGAACCAUUAAACAAAACAAGAGAUAACAGAGGGAUUAAAAACAAAGUAAAACACCACAGUGGUCUUCGAGUCAAAUUAAUAAACACGYUUCUGUUGCAGCACAGGACGUCAGUUUUCAGCUAGAGCCAGCCAUCAUGUUCAGAAGACUCACCCGUCUCCUGUUUGGGGGAGAAGAGCUGGUUUCUGAAGAUGUGAAGUCUGGAGAAGUGGUAGAAGAUGGAUGGCUUGUUGUUCCUCACCAAGAGGCAGCUUCAUCUGAAAACCAGGAUGUUGAACAAACUAACUCUACUGCCAACAUGGAGAGUGACAGCCUGUCUGCAGUUUGUCCCAGCAGCACUGCAACCGGUCCCGUCGUCCCCGCCUCUUCUUCCAAACUUGAAGCUUUGACGGAGCUGACGCCGUUUCCCUGCAUCCAGAAGACCCGGGCCUGGCCGGCCCCGCGCCAUCCGGCCCGCAGCGCCAUCCAACGCCAGAAUCGUGUACGCCACGGAGUCCAGCCCCACUCCUUCCACCUCCAGCAGCCAGGACAGCGCAGCCUCAGCCGCUGACGCUUGUAGCAGCGGUCAACCCUCAGAAACACAUGAAUACAGGAGUUUACUUGAUGGAGGGUGGGUGCAGACAGGAGCUGUGCUCUUUAUGAGCUAGCUUUGUGCUUUUAGGAGCACCUCAGCAAUGGAUGUUUCUGCUGGAACCAAACUCAAACGGGAGUUUUCGUCUAAUUACAAGAGUUUUGAUAAUCCGUCUGAACUGAGCGAUGACUGCUCCACCAACGGGUUCACCUGUGACUUGAACAAAAACCGUGAGGUCAUCCAGCUGAACGAGCUGACGUCCAGCAGCUCGGAUUUGUUCGACCUAAGCUUGUCUAAACUCGAGCAAACAGAGGAGGACUGCUGCGACCAGGACCAGCCGCUGCACCUCUACRUUUUCUGUGCAGUCCUUGCUGUUUGCCUGACCAUCGCUCUGUUCCUGGAGGUUCACCUGGAUGCAGUUUGGGUCCCCAUCAAAGGCGUGGCGUCGGAUCAUGAGCUCUGCACGGCGCUCAGUGAGGGAGUCCUUCGUGAUGGAGGCUCCAGUGUGGAUGCAGCCAUCGCUGGCAGCCUCUGCCUGGGUGUUGUCCAUCCACACGUGUCGGGUGUUGGUGGAGGAGGGGUCAUGCUGGUUCAUAAAGUCCRUCAGAAUGAAAGCAGGGUGAUCAGUUUUCAGGGAUCCGCUCCGAACGGCCUGAGAGAAGAAAUGCUGCGAAAUGCUUCAGAACAGAAGACUGGUCUACUUGUGGGAGUACCAGGGAUGCUCAUGGGCCUGCACCACGCUCACAGCCUGUAUGGAUAUUUGUCAUGGGACGAUCUUAUCAGCAGAGCUGCAGCUGUAGCCAGAAAAGGAUUCAACGUAUCUCAGAGUCUCUCUGAUGCAAUAUCCCAGGUAGAAGAUCAGCUGGUGGGACGUUUCAGGGAGCUCUUCAUCCCGAACGGCCAAGCUCUGAGUCCUGGCUCGUAUCUGAGGAUGCCCGGUGUGGCAGACGUCCUGCAGGCCGGUCUUUUCAGUUUCUACCACGGGGAUGUAUCCCAGGAGCUAGAGGAUGAGGUGCGAGCAAAGGGAGGCGUCCUGAGCAGAGAGGACCUCCAGAACUACAGCGCAGUGGUGCAGCAACCGCUUGAAGGCCGGUACAAUGAUUUCAUAAUUCAAGUUCCUCCUCCUCCAUCUGCUGGGGCAGCUCUGAUCGCAGCUCUCAACCUGUUGGAGAACUUUCAUGUCGGGGAGAAUAAUGCAACAGAAAAUCAGACAUACCACCGGAUCGAUACGGCUCUGACAGCAGCUUUAACUAUGGCUCGUAGACUGGGUGACCCUGAAAACAACUCCUCUGUGUCUGAGCUGCUUUCUGUCAUGAUGAGCAAGAAUCUCACUGAAGUCCUGCUCCAGAAGUCGGACUUCCAGUCAUCUGAUUCCAACUGGACCGUGGACUCCCUGCUGACCAGUCAAGUCGUAGUCAUGGGACCAGAUGACCUGGUCGUGUCUGUUGCAAGUUCCUUGAACCGGCCGUUUGGGAGCAGGAUCAUGACUCGGUCGGGCGUCAUCCUCAACAGCCUCGUUCAGGACUUCCUCUGGACGAAGCAAAGCAGAGGGCCGCCGCCUCUGGCUAACGAGGAAAACCACGUGGAGCCUGGAAGAAGGCGGCUGUCGUUUCUGAUGCCCUCUGUCAUGGUGCCGGUCUGGAACAGGUGUGGGACCUACAUGGCACUGAGCAGCUCAGGUGGACGAAAGCGUUUGAGUGAAAUCGCCCAGAUGCUGGACAGUGUGCUGUUCCACCACAAGGAGAAGAACGACAGCCUUUCUCUGAGCGGACGUUAACCUGAGCCACGUGGACUUCUUAUCUGGAAUUCUCAUCAGCUGAGUUUCCARAGGAGAGUGGGCAGAUAUUUUGCUGCAAAGGAUGAUCUCUGCUGCCCGUGGAUCCAGAAAAAACAGAUAUUAAGACCAAGUGUUUAGAUGUAUUUUGAUCUUAUUUAAAAAAAUAAAUCUUUCAAUGUCAGUGAGUUCUCCUGUUACCCACCUUGUUCUGAUCAUUAGCCAGCAAAGGAUUUACUUUUAAUGUAAAACUUGUUCCUUCAUGUCCAAAUAAAAGGAGCAAAGUCA